AUGGAUGUAACGGAUGCCAUCAUUACCGCUCUUCGGCAGCUGUCCGAAGCUCUCGAGGACGUUCAGCGGCUGCAGUCAUGUGUCGGGACUUUGAACGAGGGCUACAAAACCAUCGGACAAGUCCCCGCUGCCAGGCGAGUCUACUGGAGGAUUUCCGGUUUCAGCUACAGAAAACUGAAUACGUCUUACGCUCAUUCAAUCAGGCAUGACUUUGUCGAGAGAGCACCGAUCAGCAGUUUGACAGUUGCAUGGCAGGCUUAUGCGGAGCGAUUUGAUGUUCAAGGCCUUGGCAUCUCUACCGAGUCACUCGAAGCAGGAUUAGCUUUGGCACGUUUGACUCGCAACUGUCUGGCGGGAUCACAUGAAGCCAAGGCUCUGGUCAGCGGCUCUGAACCCUACAUCCGGCGAGCUGUAUUCCAAGCUACAAGCUUUGGUGCGAUCAAAGAGGAGCGAUUCUUUCCGUUGCUUCGCGCUUUGCUUCAGUCGAUCGCCAACCUGAUCGCUCCGGUCGAUCGGGACAAUUCGGAGCUCCUCCUCACCGGAUCAUUAAUUCGCUUGUACUUUCAGGAGGAAGUGCGCACCGACCAAAUCGUCUUACGCGCGCUGGAUUCGGACGAUGCACAGGUCAAUUUAUCGGUCCUGAUGAUUGUAUUGAACGCUCUGAAAGUCGACCCCUCUUUGAUUCAAACCCUUGCCAAUGUGCAAGGCACAAGGACAAUGGCAAAGAUACUGGACAAGAUGACGAGAUGGUCAGAAUCUGUUAGUGAAACCCUGGAAGGCAAGUGUUUCGACUUGGGUUAUCAGAUUUCCGCAUAUAUCAUAUCGUCGCCGGUACAGAUGUCGCUAUUCAACACGUUGGGAUCAGACGAAGAGGUAAUCACUCCAUCUCAAUUGAUGUUUCUCAAAUUGUUGGACGGUUAUCUGCAGAGUGCGACUUCGGCAUCAAGCAGUUCAAUCGACAUACCGGAAGUGGCAUACUUGGUGCCACAUCUGAAUGCGGCUGCGACGUUUGCCGCCCCAAAUCUAAAAGCCCUACUUGAGAGCGGACAGGACCGGGAACCUGCAGCCAGUCAAGAUCCAAUAUUACCGAGGACGCUCGAGGCUUCGAUCCUCCUUUGCCAAUGUCUCAUUGCGGCGGCACUGCGAGAGAUCCCUGUUCAGCACGAGCGCGAAUUGCUGGCCCAGAGUAUUGCAGGGCUCGAUCAACCAGCGGGUAACACAUUGAGUUCUCUUCGUAAAGCGGGACAAGCCACAGUCGAAAAUCUCAUAAGUCUACUUGGUGCACUAGAGGCUGCAUUGCCGCGGCAGAAACCGCUCAGACCGGCGACCGAAUCAAGUCCAGGCGGUAGCUUGCAAGCGUUUGCAACCCUCAAGCGAGAUGUUGUGCAGCUGCUAGGACUAAUAGCAUAUCACGACAAACUCAGUCAAGAUCGCAUUCGAGAAGCUGCGGGUAUCCACUUGGUUCUGUCGCUGUGCGUAGUGGACGAACAUAACCCUCUCAUCCGAGAGCACGCCCUUCUUACGAUACGUAAUCUGAUGAUGAACAACCCAGAGAAUCAAGCAGUCAUAGGCACCAUGGAUCCCAUUGGAAUGGUUGGACCCAACGGAGAGUUGCAGGAAAUGCCUGUAAAGCGCGGUUGA